UCGUUUACCACCAUGGAGCGCGUCCACUUCCAACAAGAGCAGAUGCUCGAUGAGCUCAAAGAUCUUGUGGAGAAGGAGAUCUUUACAAAACUAGAAACGAAACAAAUUCUGAAAAAACGAACUGAGUUCGAAGGCGCUCUUGUUCGGAGGGUGGCUAAAAAGGCCGACUUUCUACGAUAUGCUGCUUAUGAAAUGUCUCUGGAGCAAUUGCGACGCAAGCGUAUUGAACGGCUGAAAAUCGAGUCUACCAAAGCCAGCAUAUCUGACUACUCUCUUGUCCGGCGGCAAUUCCAAAUUUUUGAACGAGCUUUGAAACGAUUCAAGUCGGAUGUAGACCUCUGGCUGGAAUAUAUCAACGUCGCCCAACGGGAGGGAGCUUCAACUCUUGUGGGCCGCGUGGUUGCUCGAGCAAUCCAGUUGCACCCAGAUAACGAGCUAUUCUAUGUGGUUGGCGCUGCACAUGAAUUGGAGCAUGGCUCACCCUCGGCUGCUCGUAAUCUCCUUCAACGUGGCAUUCGCAUCAAUGGGCAAAGUGUCAAAUUGUGGACCGAGUAUGUGCGCAUGGAACUGAUAUUCAUGGAAAAUCUUCGCAAACGAUGGCAAGUGCUUGGCCUCGACCUUAAGGGGAAAGGCAGGGAGCAAGACGAAGCACGGACGGCCAUCAUCCAAGGAAGUAUUGUCAAGGAGGUCAUCUCGCAAGCGAUGUUGUCGAGCGAAUUGUUUGAGGCCUUGAUUGGGCUGAUCAAGCAACCUGAGUUGCUGGAUGUCGUUUAUCGUCGCUUGGCAGAAUGUACCGACCCACGUGCUGCCAUAUUGCUUGCAAUGCGACCUAUUCAUGGGAAGUCAGGACUGGCUCUUAUUGAAGCGGUUCAGCAUGCCAACGAGGAGAUGCUCAGUCGAUGCGACGCCGGCGGCCAAGAGAGUGUGGCUACAUACAUUGACUUUUGUGAGAGAGUUGGUGACAUUGUCACGGACGAGUCUCUGAAGGCAUAUCUAGAUGCUUCUGUGAAGGGGUUGGUGCAAAAAGGGACUAAUUCUGGGGCAGUUUUGAGCAGUAGAUGUCGCGCGUGGACCCAGUUCUGUUGUUCCCUCUUGCCUCCAUCUCGCACGAUAUAUAUCUUGCUCAAGACGGUGUCGGGACCGUUUCCCAAUCCCUACCCGCAGCUUGGUGACAAGCAGCCGAUGUUGCAGUUCCCAACCCCCCACCCCCCGACCAACCCGUCUGACUACUCUCGACCUAAUGACAUUUUCCUCAAACGCCAGCAAUCCGCCUUUUCAACCCCCACUCCCCUUUCAGUUUCAACUAAUCUUCCUCGCCAGCCCUCCCCGACCGCAAAGCUACGGUCUCCCUACAUUUCUUCCCGCCCAAAUACCAUCAACCUCUCUCCACGUCCGGCCUACCAGUCUCAAUCGAGCCAUCAUUCCUCGUUUUCGUCCGUUCUCGAGGAUGUACUUCAGCCUGGUGACAUCGUUGGCGAGGGUGUCGAGCUACAAGGCGAACUCAUUCGCCUUGUUUCACCACUCGAAGCCCUCAAUAACGCUGAACCCGCUCGUGAAUUCGAGGUUGUCCGAAGACUUGGGGCUGGCAGCUACGCAGUCGUCUACCAAGUCCUCGAGGUUCUUGAGCGCGCCCCUUCCUCCGAAGAUGGUCAUUCGUCAAUGAUGGGUCACAUGGAUUUCGAUGGCAAGCACGUUCGGUCGCCGUCUACAACAUAUGGCCGUGAAUAUGCCAUAAAGUGCCUUUCCAAAGCCAACCUCGAUGACGAGGCCCUUAGAGCGCAAAUGGAUGAGGUCACUAUUCACCAGUCACUCCAUCCUCACCCGAACAUUGUCACUCUCCACCGAACCCUCGAAACCUCUUCGUUUUUGUUGCUUCUCCUUGAAUAUGUUCCCGGAGAAGAUCUUUUUUAUUUUUUGGAACAAGCCCAUGAUCACUACGAGUCCUCAAACACGGCCGACUUGACAGACCCAUCUGUCUCGCCUUCCCGUACGCCCCCAACGCCCAGUCUUCUCUCAACUAUGAAUUCGUCGCAAUUGCUUUCGCGCACCCGUCUUCGCCUCAUAUCGUCCAUGUUUUCCCAGAUGUGUGAUGCUGUUGCCGCCUGUCAUGCUCAACAAGUCUACCACCGCGACAUAAAGCCCGAAAACUUUAUCGUCACCGAUGGCUAUACAGACACAGACGGUAGACGAGAACGCAAGGUUAUCGUCAAGCUCACCGACUUCGGCCUAUCCACCACCGAUGUCGAGUCGUCUGACAUGGACUGUGGGAGCGCUCCCUAUAUGAGCUUUGAAUGCCGCAACAACGUCGCUCCGAGCUAUCGGCCUCGCGCUGCUGAUGUUUGGUCACUGGGCAUUGUUCUCAUCAAUAUGCUCUAUCACUUCAAUCCUUGGACGGACACCAAGGAAGGUUCAUGUAGCUCGUUUGACCUCUUCCGGCAACAACCCGUCAACUUCUUCAUGCAUCGCUUCGUGGGCAUGACCCGCCCUGUGGCCGAGCACUUGGCCAAUAAAGUAUUCAAUGUUCUCGAUGACCCAAAGGAUGAUUCAGAACGUAUUACGGCUGCUGGAUUUGGUGUCUGGGCUAAAGACCUUCCCGAGCUCUUGGGACAACCACUUGGUCAUAAACGUGCUGGAUCAACGGCGUCAUUAACUCAAGGCCACAGAAUCUCAUGUUCCAUUCCAAUUUCCCACCGUCCUUCUUCCAGGCAAGCGUCGGGUACUGCAUCGACCAUCCGCACUCCCGCCAUCCAGUCUCGCUCUUUGUCACGUGCCGCCUCUUUUGGUCCCACGAUCGAAACCACCUAUGAGAAGCCUGAGGCCACCGAGCUCUCUACGGUCAUCGAUCAGGAAGCUGAGGAGCAGGAAGAAGAGAGGCAGUUCAACGAGUUAAAGGUACAAACGGACGAACCUUCGGAAGACCGGUCGCCAUCCAACAACAAACGGCGAAAGCGCGGUGCCCGCAAAGGCAAAGGCGGCUCGCAACCCCCGGCAACUCCUCAGAACGAAACACUCGAAACUCUGGCUAGCGCUUCCCAGUCGCUUGCUCGGGAGAUUAGUCGCGCCUCACGUGCCGCAUCUCAAGCUUCGUCGAAUCGUUCAGGCACGACCCAUGCUUCGAGUCGUAGCAGCAGACGUGGCCAACCUUUCGAGCCAGUUGCCAUGUAUGCACUGCCAGUCAGCAUGCUCCCUCCUCCACGCUCUAUUCCGCCUAUUCCUCCAUUGCCGAAAAUCCAUACCACCCCAGCUCCUUCUAUGCCAGCAACUGCAAUAGCCAAGAAGCCAUCCAAAUGGAAGCUCAGUUUUGGCAAGAGCAGUGGUGCUUCCGCAUUUGGGCGUGUUUCACCAGUGGAGGAAGCUUCGUCGCCUUCCGACCUGCCCAUGUCCGCAACUGCCAGCAACGUGACUGAUCUCAUCAUGGGACUGAGCGCCCCAGCUCCCCCACAAAGUCUUGCGCACGAUGAGCAUCCGCGUGGUCGACGAGUUCUUGACCCUGGCUAUCGAGCGUACAAUUCUUCGCGCAGUCCACAUCCCGAUCACAGGACACGUGACGCAGGUUCUGACCGUGCUGUAUCUCCCAACUCGAUACGCAGUCAUCGGCCCGUUGCAUCGAGCUCUAGCUCGAUGGUCUCUGGUAACUGGCGAAGCUCACUGAGUACUACUUCAAGCGCUGGUACUUCUACUUCUGCCUUUACUCGGUACAGCAACGCGAGCACACGGAGUGUUUCAACUGUCGCUACCAGUGUCUCCGCUAGCAGUUGGCGCGCUCCUCCAACGGCCAAGCCCCAGUCUCCCCCGUCUACUGCCACAACGCACCCAGUCCCGAUUCCCAAGAAUGUCAAGAUCAUGAACGGCGUUCCCUGGGAACUUGACCAAUUGCCCCGUGGUCAAUAUACUGGCAACCCUGAAGGGGAUAUUUUUGGCUCUCCCCCCGUUCGACAACCUCGUCCUCGCAAGCCCAAGGAUCUCCAGCUCAGUACCAUCACUGAAAAGACUCCUGUUGCUGCUCCCAAGUCACCUGACUUUGUCCGCCGUGCUGAUGCCUCGACAAGUACUACUGACCUUGUUUCUGGUGUUAUGUCGUCGUCGUCGCAGGAUGAGGACAGCGAUGGGCGGAAGAAAGUUGCCAAAGCACAGAUCAACACACUUGCCAAGAUGCUUUCUGCUCUGCGGCGCUAA